AUGCAAGAGCGAUCGUGUGGCCGCGUGGAACAGGAAAUGAGAUCGAUAAAGCUCCUACUAUUCUUUACUGUACUGCUUUCUGUAAUGGCUAUCUGUGAUGCUCUUUCGUGUGCAAUCCCAACAAUAGGAGGGAUUUUGUGCGAUAUCCACUGUCGUGGAGAUACAGGUAACAAGAAAUCGGGAUACUGUGGUUCAGACGGCGUUUGCAGAUGCAAGAAGAAGUGAAGAAAACUUUUUUUGUGUUUUUACAAGCACAAUAUUCAAUAAAGCAUUCAAGCAGUCUUACGAGAUAA